UGUAAGUUACCGUUGGUGGGGCACUUCUAAUUUUGUCUUUAAAAAAAAAAAAAAGAAAAACCAAUUUAAAUAAUUAAAAUUCAAUUAAACCCCAUAUAUAACCGUUACAGCUUCGUCUCUUCCAAUCCAUCAAUUCCGCAGCUGAAUCGAAGACUUUGAUUUUCUCUGUGUAAUCGCCAUGACUGUGGAGGUUGUUAAGGUUGAAGGUGCUUCAAUGGCGGCAGUGGAAGUUCCAGAAGAGCCAAAGAAGGUUGUUAUUGAAGAAGAAGAGAAAGAUGAAAAAUGCGCUGUAAAGACUGUGGAGGAUGAAGCGUUGAAGCCGACCGUCAUUGAAAAGAGUUCUUCUUACAAGGAAGAAAGCAACCAUCUGUCUGAUUUGAAGGAAUUUGAGAAGAAAGCUUUAGCUGAGCUCAAAUCCAAACUCGAAGAAGCCAUUCUCGGGAAUAAUCUCUUCAAAGAAGAUGAACCCAUUAAAAAGGAGAAAGAACCAGAACAACCCAUUGAAGAAACAGAGAAGAAACAAGAGGAGGAGAAGAACGAAGAAUCAAAUCCAUCUGAGGAACAAACCCAAAAAAUCAACGAAGAGAAAAAUAGCUGUGAUGAGAAAACCGACGUGGAAAUGGAAGUUUCCCUUUGGGGGGUCCCCCUGUUACCAAGCAGAGGAACAGAGGGAACCGAUGUGAUUCUCUUGAAGUUCUUAAGAGCGAGAGAAUUCAAAGUGAACGAAGCUUUCGAAAUGCUUCAAAAGACUCUUUCAUGGCGGAAGAAAUCCAAAAUCGAUUCCAUCUUGAAAGAGGAAUUUCCCUCUGAUCUAGACUCUGCGGCGCUGAUGAACGGCGUCGAUCGUGAAGGACACCCUGUUUGCUACAAUGUGUUUGGAGUUUUCGAAAACGAAGAGCUUUAUCAGAAGACAUUUGGAACAGAGGAGAAGAGAGAACAGUUUUUGAGAUGGAGAUGUCAAGUUAUGGAGAAAGGGAUUCAAAAGCUGGAUUUGAAACCUGGUGGAGUUUCAUCUUUGCUUCAAAUUAAUGAUUUGAAGAACUCGCCUGGACCUUCAAAGAAAGAGCUGAGAAUUGCCACAAAGCAAGCUGUGGGAAUUUUACAGGACAAUUAUCCUGAAUUGGUCGCCAAAAAUAUAUUCAUCAAUGUUCCAUUUUGGUACUAUGCUCUGAAUGCUCUGCUUUCACCAUUCUUAACCCAAAGAACCAAGAGCAAGUUCGUAGUGGCUCGUCCAGCAAAAGUAACCGAAACCCUUCUGAAGUACAUUCCAGCAGAGGAAAUCCCUGUUCAAUACGGCGGCUUCAAACGAGACAACGAUUCCGAGUUCACCGCUGAAGACGGCGCCGUUUCAGAGAUCAACCUCAAGGCUGGCUCAACAGCCUCCAUUGAAAUCCCAGCUCCUCUGGGAGAGAGCAAUCUGAUCUGGGAUUUGACUGUUGUUGGUUGGGAAGUGAAUUACAAAGAAGAAUUUGUGCCCUCUGAUGAAGGUUCCUACACCAUUAUUGUGCAAAAGGGGAAGAAGAUGAGUGGAAAUGAAGAACCAGUGAGGAACAGUUUCAGGAACAGUGAGCCUGGGAAGAUUGUUCUAACUGUUGAGAAUUAUUCCAACAAGAGGAAGAGGGUUCUGUAUCGAUUCAAGACGAAGAAGAUUGAGUGAACAAAAGUGUUUGAAUUGAAGAAAAGAUUUUAAAAACCAGAAAUUUUUUUCACUUUGAGUGAGAUUUUGUAUUUUUUUUGCUCUGUUCAUAUGAAUUUUUAUUAUAGAGAUUUGGAGUGACAGAGAGGAGGGUAUUCUUUUGCAGGAUUAUUCUUGUAAUUUACUUUGUCUGAAGUUUAUUGUUUUCAAGGAAUUAUGUGAUAUUUAUUUGUUCUUGAUUCUUUCU